AUGGAGAAAUACUCCCAAUACCGCGACCGCGGUUCAGGCAUCUCGCCCUUCAUUCCCAACAACAACCCAAGCUCAACCCUGACGCUCAUCCUACACACCUUUAUAUUCCUCUUCCGGCUGCCCCUCUUCCUCUUCUUCGCCACCGUCUACUUUCUAAUCCUCACCCACUUGCCCCUGCCCCUCUUCGUCCGCAAGGUCCUCCUCUGGGGCAUGCUCGGCAUCCCCGGCAUCUGGUGGGUAGAUCUGCAACUGGACGGCGUAAAGCGCGGCUCUUUAUCCUCACAACCUGUGGCGCGCGUGCCAGGGCCCAACUCCAUUAUUGCCGCGAGCUUUACCUCGCCCAUAGACGCCCUCUACCUCGCCACCAUCUUCGACCCCAUCUUCGUGGCCAGCUUCCCGCACACGCGCAAAGUGCAGCGCAUCUCGCUGCAACGGGCGUCCCUCCUCGCUCUGGCGCCUGUGAAGCAACAGCUCGAUGCUCCUUAUCCCAAACAACUGACCACGAUCCGCGCCAUCAUGGAAGCAAACCCCAACCGCGCCGUCGUCGUCUUUCCUGAAUGCACUACUACCAACGGCAAAGGCGUCAUGCCCCUCUCCCCCUCGUUGCUCGCCUCCCCCUCAGACAACAACAUCUUCCCCGUCAGCAUCCGGUACACGCCCAACGAUAUCACGACCCCGAUCCCAGGCGCCUGGACGACCUUCCUCUGGAACCUGCUCUCACGCCCUACGAACUGCAUCCGCGUGCGCAUCGCCGAGCCCGUGCAGAACAAACCCAACGAGCCCAACGGCGUAAAUCAUCAACCGGGCGAGAGCAGUAGCAGCAGUAGCAGUGCGGCUUCGGAAGACGGAGAAACACCUACACGCGAGGAGCAGCGCAUACUGGAUAAGAUCGGGGAGGCGCUCGCCCGCCUGGCGCGGAACAAAAGGGUUGGUCUGACGCUGCGCGACAAGGCGGCGUUUGUCGAGGCGUGGAACAAAAAUCGCAGAUGA